GUGUUUGGCGAGAGUUUACGUACAGUAAGACGCAUCCAAGAUGGCGCUUGAAAUCGAGUCUGCCGAUAUUAUCCGUCUGAUCAUGCAGUACCUGAAGGAGAACAGUUUACACCGCACACUGUCGGUACUCCAGGAGGAGACAUCGGUGUCCCUCAACACUGUGGACUCCAUCGACAGUUUCGUGUCGGACAUCAACAACGGACACUGGGACACCGUCCUACAGGCCAUCCAGUCCCUCAAACUACCCGAUAAAACUCUCAUAGAUCUCUACGAACAGGUAGUACUGGAGCUGAUAGAACUGCGAGAGUUGGGCGCGGCGCGGUCGUUACUUCGCCAGACGGACCCCAUGAUCAUGAUGAAGCAGCAGCAGGCGGAGCGAUACGUUCACCUGGAGAACCUGCUCGCUAGGUCGUACUUCGACCCCAGAGAGGCUUAUCCUGACGGACAGACCAAGGAGCGCCGGAGAGCGGCGAUCGCUCAGGCGCUGGCGGGAGAGGUGAGCGUGGUCCCGCCGUCCCGUCUCCUGGCUCUGAUUGGUCAGGCUCUCAAAUGGCAGCAGCACCAGGGACUGCUCCCCCCGGGCACCACCAUUGAUGUGUUCAGAGGUAAGGCAGCUCAGAAGGAAGAGGAGGAAGAGAAAUAUCCCACACAAGUCACCAAGAACAUCAAGUUUGGUCAGAAGUCCCACGUGGAGUGUGCCAGGUUCUCCCCGGACGGACAGUACCUCAUCACAGGCAGUGUGGACGGCUUCAUUGAAGUCUGGAACUUCACCACGGGCAAGAUCAGGAAAGAUCUCAAGUACCAGGCACAGGAUAACUUCAUGAUGAUGGACGAUGCAGUGCUGUGCUUAUGUUUUAGUCGAGACAGCGAGAUGUUGGCUUCAGGAGGACAGGACGGAAAGAUCAAGGUGUGGAAGAUCCAGACAGGACAGUGUCUGCGCAGGUACGAGCGAGCUCACAGCAAAGGUGUGACCUGUGUCAGCUUCAGCAAGGACAGCAGUCAGCUGCUCAGUGCUUCAUUUGACCAGACUAUCAGAAUCCAUGGGCUGAAGUCUGGGAAGACGCUGAAGGAGUUCAGAGGUCACACGUCGUUUGUAAACGAGGCCGUGUUUACACCAGACGGACAUAACCUCAUCAGUGCAUCGUCAGACGGCACAGUUAAGCUGUGGAAUAUCAAGACCACAGAGUGCAUUGGCACCUUCAAGUCACUAGGGGGCACUGCUGGGGCAGACAUCACAGUGAACAGUGUCCACACCUUACCCAAGAACCAGGAGCACUUUGUCGUGUGUAACCGUUCCAACACUGUCUCCAUCAUGAACAUGCAAGGACAGAUUGUGCGUAGCUUCACGUCCGGUAAGAGGGAAGGUGGAGACUUUGUGUGCUGUACGGUGUCACCGCGGGGAGAGUGGAUCUACACGGUCGGAGAGGACAUGGUGCUGUACUGUUUCAGUACGACUACGGGCAAACUGGAGUUCACGCUCACGGUCCAUGAGAAGGAUGUGAUUGGCAUCUGUCACCAUCCCCACCAGAAUCUGAUCGGCACUUACAGCGAGGAUGGUCUGCUGAAACUGUGGAAACCUUAAAACACAGAUUAACUACUCAACUGUAGAACAAGGCAGGGCUCGAAAUUCAUAUUUGGGAAUAGGUGCACUAGUGCACCCAACCUGAAAAAUUGAGUGCACAAA